UGAUGCUUUUUUUUAAUCAGACGCCAUAUGCACGCCUUCAGGACGCGACCCCCUUUUUUCCUGAACAGACUACUCGUCUUUUCCCAUUCCCAUUAUUGCAGUUUUUGAAUCACCGGGUUUGGGAGUGAAGUUUAGUUUCUCCCAGUUUUUGAACAGCAGCUGGGCAGAACAUCGAGUGAACAUGUAGACAUGGAUUUUAUGAGGCUUUUUGGCACCGUUAUCGCCGUAUUGUUUCACCCUGGAUCCGCUUCGAAAAUAAAUGGCCAGAAAAUCUGCCGACGCGGGACUGAGCGGCCAUGCUAUAAGGCAUCCUACAUCCAGGACAGCAGGCGGAGGCUGACAUUUGAGGAUGCCAGGCAGUCCUGCAGGUCAGAGGGAGGCGAGCUGCUCAGCAUUGAGACAGAGAGUGAGCAGCGGUUGAUAGAGAGCUUCAUACAAAAGCUGAAGGUUGGAGAUGGCGAUUUCUGGAUUGGGCUCCGUCGUAGCCCCCCGCAUCACCGGACAGGGAAUAAUAACCCAGGAUGCCCCUCGCAGUACUAUUGGGUUGAUGGAAGCAAGGCCAAGUACAGGAACUGGAACUGGGAUGAGCCGUCAUGUGGUUCUGAAAUGUGUGUGGUGUUGUACCACCAGCCCUCUGCACCAGCUGACGAAGAAGGCCAUUUCCUGUUUAAGUGGAAUGAUGACAAUUGCAGCUGCAAAAACAAUUUUGUCUGCAAAUACAAGGAAGAGAAAAUGCCAAUAUUUACAGGGGACAGGAUCAUAGUAGAACCAGUUCCAUCUAUGAGGCCAAACAUAUCCAAAGAAGGAGAUGUCAGAAUAACUAUUGGAUUACCUGAGUCAUCAGUGUCUUUCUCAGACAACAGCCUCGACGUUUCCUACAUUCUCUAUGCCACUAUUCCAGCUAUGCUGCUGCUGCUGCUGUUAGCAGCUGCUGGGUUUUUCUGCUACAGACAGCAUGCAAAAAGGAGGAAGACGGAGAGUUUCCCCGGCAGAUCGAAACAGCUGCCAACAGCACCUUCGGUUUCCUCCAUUCAAGGACCUUACGCCUUCAGUGACAUCACUAAACUUCCUCAAGCUGCUCUGGACUACAGGACGCAGGCAGAAAUCAUGACAAAGUACUCCUGCCCAUAUUCACAUGACGCCCAGUAUCCUGAUUAUGAGAAUGUGACGUGUUCAGAGAAGGAGACCGGCUUUGUGACGAACGAUAUCUAUGAGACUGCCAGAACUCAGAGUCGGCGGUGCCGUAGUCAGGAUGGAUGGGUGGAAAAUGAGAUCUAUGGCUAAUAUUGUUUAUGUCGAUGUGAGCGCCAGAAACGUCUGUGAACUUGUAAUUGUUAAAGGAACCUUAUUAAGCUAGAAAGAGGAACAUAUACUGGUCUAUUUCUCUUUCUUUCUACAUAUCUUGCUAGAUUACCAGUGAGGUACGCAGUCUCAACAUACAUAAUUGAGUUUGAAUGGUUUUACGUGGACUGAUUUCAGAGUGUGAAUAUAUUUCUUGUGUAUAUGUCGUCGCUUUACAUCUAUGUUUUGGUCAGUUAUAACGCUAUAUUUAGGACGUUAUCAUAUCUGUCAAACCAUAUUAAAUAAAUGCUGAUAUUAAUCAGAACAAAAGACAUGUUUAAAUCAUUUUUGGUUUUAUGGAUUUUUCCAUGAUGACAGAAGGACUUUUACAGUCCUUGUAUAUUUUUUGCAAUUUGCGACGUUACAACAAAUAACCUCAAUAUUUUGGGGAGAUUUUACGUGAUAAGAAACACAAACAAUGGUCCUUAUCUAUCAUGGUGUGAGCAUUCUUGCCCACAGCUCUCAUUAAAGGAAUCUACAGUUUUAUUGUUAAAUUCAUUUAUGAAAUUUAAUUAGACCAUUCAAAAGCUGCUAUUUUCCUCUCUAUUGGCUCCUUGACCAGUUGUCUUUUCAAUAGUUUUGUAGAAACAACCAGCUUUUGUUUUAUUGCUACUUUCUUCAGUUGUUGACCAUUGUCUCUUUUCUCCCAUAGCUUAAAUAGAAUGCUGGAUAACUUUUGCACCCUUCUCCUGACUGAUGCCUUUGUGAAAUCAAAUAUUUGACAGCAGAACUUUAUAUGAGGUUAUUGGCAUUAACUAUAACUGACGGCAGGUAAAAGCUAAAGACUAAACACUGAAUCUAAAUCAGAAGAAUAUUGAGAAAAGCAGUAGUUAAAUGUGUGCAUGCUUAUGCAACUGUGUUAAUGCCAUUUUUCCCUAUUUGACAGAUUUGUUUUUCAUUUGAAUUGUAUCUGAUAAAUGCCCCACCUGUAAAAAACAAAACUGAUUUAUCAGGUUCUCCCAAAACCUGACAAUUUAGAAGACAUAAAACGUGAAGGUUACCAGUCAUCUUUAUAAGCAUGUCAGUCUGAUUAAAGGUUAUUGAGAUA